AUGAAUUGUCUGAUAGCAGUGAUAUUAGUGAUAUCGAUAGUGAUGAACGCGAUAAUCCUGGCAGCUCUAGAGCCACUGUACUCUAGAGGAGCGAAAAAAAGAAAAAUACACACAUCAUCUGGAAAAUGUAGAGAUCAAAAAUAUAGAUCUCAAUGGGAGUCCGAAUUCAAGUGGCUUAAACCCGUAAAUGAUAAUCCAAGGCAAGGUCAGUGUUCAGCAUGCUCCAGAGUUUUACGAGCCAAUAUUGGUGUGAUAAAAAGACAUGGUGAAGGUGCAAAACACCAGCAAAAUGUGAAAAAUAUACAGUGUCAACUGAAUUUAAGAGAUUUUAUUAAAAAAAAUGCAACUGAUAGCAAGGUCAAAAGGGCUGAACUGAAGUUAUGUGGUUUUCUAGCUGAACACAACAUUGCAUUUUUGGCAAAUGACCACCUAGUUCCCCUUCUUCAAGACUGUUUUCCGGAUUCAAAUAUUCUUAAAAAUGUAAAACUUGGUAGAACUAAGGCUACAGGAGUUACCAAAAAUGUGACUCCGAGUACAUCUACAGCUGAUGGACAUUUUAGCGAUUUGGAAGUAAGUCGUCAUUCAAGUACCAAAGAUACUGAAAGUGAACACAGAAUUGAUACACAAGAUCCAGUUGUUACAGAUUUGAACGAGACGCCGUUAUCACCGCCCACUGUGAUUGAUUCGAUUGACGAGAAACCAUCUUUAUUAUCAGCGAUUCCUCGUCCUGCAACACCUACUGAAUCAUUAACGGCAAAUUCCAUUCAAUCGUCGCAAUCUUUGGAGUCAUCUGUUGCAUCUUUUCAAUCGACAUCAACAACUGACAAAAAAAAUCCAAAGGUUGUAAUGAUUCAGAGAUGCUUGCGAAACUUCAGAGUGAAACGGUCCAAUAUCAUAAGAUUUGUUCAACUAAUUACCGGGAAACUAGAAAGUGGCAAAGUCAUGAACAUGAACAAUCUGGGUUGGCAUGAAAAAAGAGAAAUACAUAGAUUUGCGUACCACGUUCUGGAAGAUUUUAUUAAUGUGGAAAUUAUUGAAAAUUAUAAAGUUGUAUAUUUUCAGCAGUUAGUACAAAGAUACAAAGCUCUCUUAAGAGAAUUCGGAGAAGGAAAAAUGAAAUCCGAAGACAUAAAUAAUUACCGAUCUGAAUACUUGGAAAAAAAAGUCGUAAAAAAUUUCGGCGACCGGCUGACAAUUGAAGCAUCUACUGGACAAAGUUGCCGAAAAAUUGUAUAUAACACAGACAUCGACGUAAAUGUGAUGGCAAGCAAGACUAACUUUCUGGAAAUAAAAGAUGAAAGUAAAUUUGAAGAUGUGGCUUUUGAUUUAAGGAACUGCGUCAAAACUAUAAAUUGCAAUCCACUGCCAAGUCAUUUGAUAGCGGAUAAUAUUAUUGACGGAGAAUGUGAGAUACCUGAAAAAUUGUUUGACUUUGUACUCAAUCUCAUAGGUGGACCUCAAGCGUACGAUAAAAUCGGAAAAGAAAAUCAAACUCAACGUCACGUCGUUGUGCAGUGA